GCCAAAACCAGCAGGGGCCGUCUCCUCCUCUUCCCCAGCAGCUGUUGCUCACUCCGCUCAGAAGCCAGGGCCGGGGACAGGGCGGCAGUCGUUGCUCUAGCUCCUGAGAAGCGGACCCGCUCGGGGCCACCAGGAUGCCAGGCGGCGCCAGGGGCCUCCUCCUCCUCCUGCUCACCGGGCUUGGGGGGCUCGGGGCCGGCCAAGUACAGCGGCGUCAGUCCCAGCGGCAGUCACAGGCGCAUCAGCAAAGAGGUUUAUUCCCUGCUGUGCUGAAUCUUGCUUCCAAUGCUCUCAUCACCACCAAUGCAACAUGUGGAGAAAGAGGACCAGAAAUGUACUGCAAAUUGGUAGAGCAUGUCCCUGGGCAGCCGGUGAGGAAUCCCCAAUGUCGAAUCUGCAAUCAAAAUAGCAGCCAUCCAUACCAGAGACACCCGAUUACAAGUGCUAUUGAUGGGAAGAACACGUGGUGGCAGAGUCCCAGUAUUAAGAACGGAAUCGAAUACCAUUAUGUGACAAUCACACUAGAUUUACAGCAGGUGUUCCAGAUUGCAUAUGUGAUCGUGAAAGCAGCCAACUCCCCUCGGCCUGGCAACUGGAUUUUGGAACGCUCACUUGAUGGUGUUGAAUACAAGCCAUGGCAGUAUCAUGCUGUGACGGACACAGAGUGCCUGACCCUCUACAAUAUCCACCCCCGCACUGGACCCCCCUCGUACGCCAAAGACGACGAGGUCAUCUGUACCUCAUUUUAUUCCAAGAUCCACCCCUUAGAAAACGGAGAGAUUCACAUCUCUUUGAUCAAUGGAAGACCAAGUGCUGAUGACCCUUCUCCUGAACUGCUGGAAUUUACUUCCGCCCGCUACAUCCGCCUGAGAUUGCAGAGGAUCCGCACCCUGAAUGCUGAUCUGAUGAUGUUUGCCCACAAAGAUCCGAGAGAAAUUGACCCCAUUGUCACAAGAAGAUAUUACUACUCCAUCAAGGACAUUUCAGUUGGCGGGAUGUGCAUCUGCUAUGGUCAUGCCAGGGCUUGUCCACUUGAUCCAGCAACAAAUAAAUCCCGCUGUGAAUGUGAGCAUAAUACAUGUGGGGAUAGCUGUGACCAGUGCUGUCCGGGAUUCCAUCAGAAACCUUGGAGAGCUGGGACUUUCCUCACUAAAACCGAAUGUGAAGCAUGCAAUUGUCAUGGGAAAGCUGAAGAAUGCUAUUAUGAUGAAAAUGUUGCCAGAAGAAAUCUGAGUUUAAAUAUACAGGGAAAGUACAUUGGAGGGGGUGUGUGUGUUAAUUGUUCCCAAAACACUGCUGGUGUAAACUGUGAGACGUGCCUUGAUGGUUUCUUCAGACCCAAAGGGGUAUCUCCCAAUUAUCCGAGACCAUGUCAGCCAUGCCACUGUGACCCACAGGGGUCCUUAAAUGAAGUCUGUGUCAAGGAUGAGAAACAUGCUCCACCAGGUUUGGCACCUGGAUCCUGUCACUGCAAAACUGGCUUUGGAGGAGUGAACUGUGAUCGGUGUGCUAGGGGUUACGCUGGCUUCCCAGACUGUACACCCUGUAACUGCAGUGCCAUUGGAAGCACAAAUGAGGACCCUUGUUUGGGGCCUUGUAACUGCAAGGAGAAUGUGGAAGGAGGAGACUGCAGUCGUUGCAAAUCUGGCUUCUUCAAUUUGCAAGAGGAUAAUCCUAAAGGUUGUGAUGAGUGUUUCUGUUCAGGGGUUUCCAACAGAUGUGUGAGUUCCUGUUGGACCUAUGGCAAUAUUCAAGACAUGAGUGGCUGGUAUCUGACUGACAUCUCCGGUCACCGGCGUGUGACUCCCUGGCAGGAUGACUUUGAUCCACCCCAGCAGAUCAGCAUCAGUACCACGGAGGUCCAGAGAACCCUGCGGCAGGGCUACUACUGGAGUGCACCUCCUCCUUACCUGGGGAACAAGCUCACAGCCGCUGGAGGACAAUUGACAUUUACCAUAUCAUAUGACCUUGAAGAAGAAGAAGAAGAUACAGAACGCGUACUCCAGAUUAUGACUAUCUUAGAGGGAAAUGACUUGCGCAUCAGCACGGCCCAAGAUGAAGUGUACCUGCAACCAUCUGAAGAGCAUAUUAACGUAUUGUCACUCAGAGAGGAAUCAUUUACCAGACAUGGCACACGUUUUCCAGUCAGUAGAAAAGAAUUUAUGACCGUGCUUGCCAAUUUGGAGAGACUACUCAUACAAGCCACACACGUCCAUGGGACGAAUGCCAUCUUCAGGCUGAGCACUGUUACUCUUGAAUCGGCGGUUCCCUAUCUGACUGCGGGAAACAUUGCUGCUGCCGUGGAAGUUUGUCAGUGUCCACCAGGAUAUAGCGGUUCUUCCUGUGAAUCUUGUUGGCCCAGGCACAGACGCGUUAACAGCACUCUUUUCGGUGGCAUCUGUGAACCAUGUCAGUGCUUCGGCCAUGCUGAGUCCUGCGAUGACAUCACCGGAGUAUGCCAGAACUGUAAGGACCACACAGUUGGCCCAUAUUGCAGUGAGUGCCUUCCGGGUUUCUAUGGCGAUGCUACUAAAGGAACCCCUGAAGACUGCCAGCCCUGUGCCUGUCCACUCAAUAUCCCAUCUAAUAACUUUAGCCCGACGUGCCAUUUAGACCGGAGUCUUGGACUGAUCUGUGAUGAGUGCCCCGUUGAGUACACAGGUCCGCGUUGUGAGAGGUGUGCAGAAGGUUAUUUUGGACAACCUUCUGAACCUGGAGGAUCAUGUCAGCCCUGCCAAUGCAACAACAACCUUGAUUUCUCCAUCCCGGGCAGCUGUGACAGCUUGUCUGGCUCCUGUCUGAUAUGUAAGCCCGGUACAACAGGCCGCUAUUGUGAGCUUUGUGCUGAUGGAUAUUUCGGAGACGCAGUUGAUGCAAAGAACUGUCAGCCGUGUCGCUGUAACAUGAAUGGUUCCCUCUCGGAGAUCUGCCACCCGCGGACGGGACAGUGUGAGUGCAAGCCCAGCGUGCAGGGACGGCGCUGUGAUGAGUGCCGGCCUGAAACCUUCGGCCUACAAUCAGCAAGAGGGUGUGUUCCCUGCAACUGCAAUUCCUUUGGGUCUAAAUCUUUUGACUGUGAUGACAGUGGACAAUGUUGGUGCCAGCCUGGAGUAACAGGAAAGAAAUGUGAUCGCUGUGCCCGUGGCUAUUUCAACUUCCAGGAAGGGGGAUGCACAGCUUGUGACUGUUCCCAUCUGGGUAAUAAUUGUGACCCCAAAAGUGGUCGAUGCAUUUGUCCUCCCAAUACCAUUGGAGAGAAAUGCUCUAAAUGUGCACCCAAUACCUGGGGCCACAGCAUCACCAGUGGUUGUAAGAUUUGUAACUGCAGUGUGGUGGGAUCCCUGAAUUUGCAAUGCAACGUGUUCACGGGACAAUGCAACUGUCAUCCACAAUUCUCUGGUGCAAAAUGUACAGAGUGCAGUCGUGGUCACUGGUAUUUCCCUCACUGCAACCUCUGUGACUGUUUCCUGCCUGGGACGGAUGAAGCUACCUGCGACUCAGAGACUAAAAAAUGCUCAUGCAGUGAUCAGACAGGGCAGUGCACCUGUAAGGUCAAUGUGGAAGGUGUCCACUGUGACAGGUGCCGGCCUGGCAAAUUCGGACUUGAAGCCAAGAACCCACUUGGCUGCAGCAGCUGCUAUUGCUUCGGCGCUACUACUCAGUGCUCUGAAGCAAAAGGACUAAUCCGUACACGGGUUACUCUGACACCUCAGCAGACGAUACUGUCCCUGGUGGAUGAGAUGCUACAGCAUACAACCACCAAAGGCAUCGCUUUCCAGCACCCAGAAAUCGUGGCACACAUGGAUCUAGUGAGACAAGAUCUCCACUUGGAACCUUUUUAUUGGAAACUUCCAGAACAAUUUGAAGGAAAGAAGUUAAUGGCCUAUGGUGGCAAACUCAAGUAUGCAAUCUAUUUUGAGGCUCGGGAAGAGACUGGUUUCUCUACAUAUAACCCACAAGUUAUCAUUCGGGGUGGGAUUCCUUCCCAUGCCAGAAUUAUCAUCAGGCAUAUGGCUGCUCCUCUGAUUGGCCAAUUGACAAGACAUGAAAUUGAAAUGACAGAGAAAGAGUGGAAGUAUUAUGGUGAUGAUCCUCGAAUCAGUAGGACUGUAACCCGUGAAGACUUCUUGGAUAUACUCUAUGAUAUUCAUUAUAUCCUCAUCAAGGCCACUUAUGGAAAUAUCAUGCGACAAAGCAGGAUUUCUGAAAUCUCAAUGGAGGUAGCUGAACAAGGACGGGUUUCAGCAGUGACUCCUCCAGCUCACUGGAUAGAGAAAUGUGAUUGUCCCCCGGGCUAUUCUGGCUUGUCCUGUGAGGCAUGCUUGCCGGGAUUUUAUCGACUGCCUUCUGAACCGGGUGGCCGCACCCCUGGACCAACUCUGGGCGCCUGUGUUCCAUGCCAGUGCAACGGGCACAGCAGCCUGUGUGACCCUGAGACAGGCAGAUGCCAGAAUUGUCAACAUCACACUGCUGGUGACUUCUGUGAACGAUGUGCUGUCGGAUACUAUGGAAUUGUCAAGGGAAAGCCAAAUGACUGUCAGCAAUGUGCUUGCCCUCUGAUUCCUUCCAGGAACAACUUCAGCCCCUCUUGUGUGAUGGAAGGACUCAAUGAUUACCGCUGCACAGCUUGUCCACGCGGGUACGAAGGCCGGUACUGCGAAAGGUGUGCCCCUGGCUACGCUGGCAGCCCUGGUAGCCCCGGAGGCUCCUGCCAAGAAUGUGAGUGUGACCCGCAUGGCUCGCUACCUGUCCCCUGUGAUCCUGUCACAGGGGCCUGCACGUGCCGGCCCGGAGCCACAGGGCGGAAGUGUGACGGCUGCGAGCACUGGCAUGUGCGGGACGGCAUGGAGUGUGUGUUUUGUGGGGAUGAGUGCACGGGCCUUCUUCUCAGGGACUUGGCUCGUCUGGAGCAGAUGGCCACAAGCGUCAACCUCACUGGCCCGCUGCCCGCUCCGUAUAAAAUGCUGCACAGUCUUGAAAAUGUGACUCAGGAAAUGAAGCACUUGCUCUCACCUCAGCGGGCCCCAGAGAGGCUCCUGCACUUGGCGGAGGGCAAUCUGAAUACACUCGUAGCGGAAAUGAAUGAGCUUCUGACCAGGGCUACCAAAGUGACAGCAGAUGGCGAGCAAACUGGACAGGAUGCAGAGAGGACCAACACAAGAGCGAUGUCUUUAGGAAAAUUCAUUAAGGACUUUGUCCGGGAUGCAGAAGCUGUAAAUGAAAAAGCUGUAAAGCUAAAUGAAACUCUAGGAGUUCAAGAUAAGGCCUUUGAGAGAAAUUUGCAAGUACUUCAGAAAGAGGUUGAUCAGAUGAUGAAAGAACUAAGGAGAAAAAAUCUAGAUACACAGAAAGAAGUUGCUGAAGAUGAGUUGGUAGCGUCAGAAGCCCUUCUGAAGAAAGUGAAGAAGUUGUUUGGAGAUCCCUGGGAGAAAAAUGAAAAACUGGAAAGGGAUCUCCGGGAGAAACUGGCUUACUACAGAAACAAAACAGAUGAUGCUUGGGACCUGUUGAGAGAAGCUACAGAUAAAAUCACAGAAGCUGAUCGCUUAUCGAUGGCCAACCAGAAAACCAUGGCUGCUUUGGAGAAAAAGAAGGAAGCUGUUGAAAGUGGCAAACGACAAGCUGAGAACACUUUAAAAGAGGGCAAUAACAUACUUGACGAAGCCAAGCAUCUUGCAGAUGAAAUCAACUCAGGGAUAGAUUAUGUGGAAGACAUUCGAACUAAAUUGCCACCAAUGUCUAAAGAGCUUAAAAAUAAAAUAGAUGACCUCUCUGGAGAAAUAAAGGACAGGAAGCUUGUUGAGAAGGUGUUCCGGGCCGAGAGCCAUGCAGCUCAGUUGAAUGACUCAUCUGCUGUCCUUGAUGGAAUCCUUGACGAAGCUAAAAACAUCUCCUUCAAUGCCACUGCAGCUUUCAAAGCUUAUAGCAACAUUAAGGACUAUAUCGAUGAAGCCGAGAAAAUUGCCAGAGAAGCCAAAGAUCUUGCACAUGAAGCUACAGAACUGGCAACAGGCCCUGAGGGUUCAUUAAAAGAAGGUGCCAAAAGUUCUCUUCAGAGAAGCUUCAGGAUUCUUAAUGAAGCCAAGAAGUUAGCAGAUGAUGUAAAAGAAAAUGAUGGUCAUCUGAAUAGCCUGAAGACCAGGUUAGAAAAUGCUGAUGUUAGAAAUGGAGAUCUCCUGAGAUCUUUGAAUGACGCUUUGGGAAAGUUAUCAGCCAUUCCAAAUGACACAGCCGCUAAACUGCAAGCUGUUAAGGACAAAGCAAGGCAAGCCAAUGACACGGCAAAAGAUGUACUGGGGCAGAUUAAAGACCUCCACCAGAACCUUGAUGGCCUGAAGAAAAACUACAAUAAACUAGCAGACAGCGUCGCCAAAACAAAUGCUGUGGUAAAAGAUCCCUCCAGGAACAAAAUCAUUGCAGAUGCACAUACCACUGUGAAAAAUCUAGAACAAGAAGCCGAUCGUCUGAUAGAUAAACUCAAACCCAUCAAGAAACUUGAGGAUAACCUGAAGAGAAACAUCUCUGAGAUUAAAGAACUGAUAAACCAAGCCCGGAAACAAGCCAAUUCUAUCAAAGUGUCUGUGUCUUCCGGAGGUGACUGCAUUCGAACAUACAAGCCAGAAAUCAAGAAAGGAAGCUACAAUAAUAUCAUUGUCAAUGUAAAGACAGCUGUUGCUGACAACCUCCUUUUUUAUCUUGGAAGUGCCAAAUUUAUUGACUUUCUGGCCAUAGAAAUGCGUAAGGGCAAAGUUAGCUUCCUCUGGGAUGUUGGAUCUGGAGUUGGACGUGUAGAGUAUCCAGAUUUGACUAUUGAUGACUCGUAUUGGUACCGUAUUGAAGCUUCAAGAACUGGGAGAAAUGGAACAAUUUCAGUUAGAGCCCUAGAUGGACCGAAAGCCAGCAUUGUACCCGGGACAUACCAUUCAGUCUCUCCCCCAGGGUACACUAUUCUAGAUGUGGAUGCCAAUGCCAUGCUGUUUGUUGGUGGCUUGACUGGGAAAUUAAAGAAAGCUGAUGCAGUACGUGUGAUCACAUUCACCGGCUGUAUGGGAGAGACAUACUUUGACAACAAACCCAUAGGGUUGUGGAAUUUCCGAGAAAAAGAAGGUGACUGCAAAGGAUGUACUGUGAGCCCACAGGUGGAAGACAGUGAGGGGACUAUUCAGUUUGAUGGAGAAGGUUAUGCAAUGGUCAGCCGCCCCAUUCGCUGGUACCCCAACAUCUCCACUGUUAUGUUCAAGUUCAGGACAUUUUCUUCAAGUGCCCUCCUGAUGUACCUUGCCACACGAGACCUGAAAGAUUUCAUGAGUGUAGAGCUCACUGAUGGACACAUAAAAGUUAGCUAUGAUCUGGGUUCAGGAAUGGCUUCUGUUGUCAGCAAUCAAAACCAUAACGAUGGGAGAUGGAAAUCAUUCACCCUGUCAAGAAUUCAAAAACAAGCCAAUAUCUCAAUUGUAGAUAUCGACACUAAUCAGGAAGAGAGCAUAGCAACUUCAUCUUCUGGAAACAACUUUGGUCUUGACUUGAAAGCAGAUGACAAAAUAUAUUUUGGUGGCUUGCCAACACUGAGAAACUUGAGUAUGAAAGCAAGGCCCGAAGUGAAUUUGAAGAAAUAUUCUGGCUGCCUCAGAGAUAUUGAAAUUUCAAGAACCCCAUAUAAUAUACUCAGUAGCCCUGAUUAUGUUGGCGUCACCAAAGGAUGUUCGCUGGAGAACGUUUACACGGUCAGCUUCCCCAGGCCUGGUUUUGUGGAACUGUCCCCUGUGCCACUUGGUGUAGGAACUGAAAUCAAUCUGUCCUUCAGCACCAAGAAUGAGUCUGGGCUCAUCCUCUUGGGAAGUGGAGGGACCCCAGCACCUCCUAGGAGAAAACGAAGACAGACUGGACAGGCCUAUUACGCCAUAUUCCUGAACAAGGGUCGACUGGAAGUGCAUCUCUCCACAGGGGCACGAACAAUGAGGAAAAUCGUCGUCAAACCGGAGCCCAGCGUGUUUCACAAUGGGAGAGAACAUUCUGUUCAUGUCGAAAGAACUAGAGGCAUCUUUACUGUUCAAGUUGAUGAAGACAGGAGGCAUAUGCAAAAUCUGACCGUGGAACAGGCUAUCGAAGUUCAAAAGCUUUUCGUUGGGGGUGCUCCGCCUGAAUUCCAGCCUUCCCCACUCAGAAAUGUUCCUCCUUUUGAAGGCUGCGUGUGGAACCUGGUUAUUAACUCUGUCCCCAUGGACUUUGCAAGGCCUGUAUCCUUCAAGAAUGCAGACAUCGGUCGCUGUGCAUAUCAGAAGACCCAUGAGGAUGAGGAUGGAGCAGUUCCAGCUGAAACUGUUGUCCAUCCCAAGCCGGUUCCCAUGCCAGCCUUCCCUGUGCCCACCCCAGUUCUAGCAUAUGGUCCUUGUGCUGCAGAAUCAGAACCAGCUCUUUUGCUGGGGAGCAAGCAAUUUGGGCUUUCGAAAAACAGUCACAUUGCAAUUGCAUUUGAUGACACCAAAGUUAAAAACCGCCUCACAAUUGAAUUUGAAGUGCGAACUGAAGCUGAAUCAGGCCUGCUUUUUUACAUGGCUCGGAUCAAUCAUGCUGAUUUUGCUACAGUUCAGCUGAGAAAUGGAUUUCCUUACUUCAGCUAUGACUUGGGAAGUGGUGACACCAAAACCAUGAUCCCCAUCAAAAUCAACGACGGCCAGUGGCACAAGAUUAAGAUUAUGCGAAUGAAGCAAGAGGGAAUUCUUUAUGUGGAUGAUGCCUUCAACAGAACCGUUAGUCCCAAGAAAGCUGAUAUCCUGGAUGUUGUGGGAAUGCUGUAUGUUGGGGGGCUGCCCAUUAACUACAUGACCCAAAGAAUUGGUCCGGUGACCUACAGCAUUGCUGGCUGCAUCAGGAAUCUGCAGAUGGCAGAGGCCCCAGCUGAUCUUGAAAAGCCAACCUCCAGCUUCCAUGUUGGGACAUGUUUUGCAGAUGCUCAGAACGGGACAUACUUUGAUGGAACAGGCUUUGCCAAAGCAGUUGAUGGAUUCAAAGUAGGAUUGGACCUGCUUGUAGAAUUUGAAUUCCGCACGACUAGAACCACUGGAGUUUUUCUGGGAAUCAGCAGCCAAAAAAUGGAUGGAAUGGGUAUUGAAAUGAUUGACGAAAAGCUGAUGUUCCACGUGGACAAUGGUGCUGGCCGAUUCACCGCUGCCUAUGAUGCGGGGAUCCCAGGGCGACUGUGCGAUGGGCAGUGGCAUAAAGUCACUGCCAACAAGGUCAAACACCACAUUGAGCUGGUAGUGGAUGGGAACCGGGUGGAAACCCAAAGUCCAAACCCAGCGUCAACGUCAGCUGAUACCAAUGAUCCAGUGUUUGUUGGAGGUUUCCCAGUUGGCCUCAACCAGUUUGGGCUGACCACCAACAUCCACUUCCGAGGUUGUAUCCGAUCCCUGAGGCUCACCAAAGGCACGGGCAAGCCGCUGGAGGUUAAUUUUGCCAGGGCCCUGGAACUGAGGGGCGUUCAACCUGUAUCAUGCCCAGCCAACUACUAAAAAUGUUUUACCCUGAGAUGUGUCCCUGAAAAUAAGUAUAUCAAGUGAAACAAAUAUAUUUUACCUAUGUAUGUAUGUUAAUAAAAGUAAUUUGUGCACAUAUAUUGAAUUCUUUCCUGUAUUCAAAUGGUGCUAAUCCAGAUCCCAGACUGAAUUCUAGCUCGUUCUUUCUCAAGUCCGUGAAUAUUAAACCAGUUAUUCCAUUCUAAA